AUGGGCGGCGGCGGCUCCAAGGCGGCCGGCGGCGGCACCGUCCCGAGCCCGUUCCCGCUCACAAACUUCCAGGACAAGCUCCUGCAGCCGCCCGACGACGACUCGGUGCGGCAGACCUGGAUCAUCCUCCGGUCCGCCAUCGACGCGCACGCGCGGCGCUUCUACCACUGUGACCGCGUGUGCCAGUCGCGCGAGCUGGUGCGCGAGUCGCUCCGCGCCGCCGGCGUCGUCGCCGCCGCCGCCACCACCGCCGACGCCGCCCAGGAUGCCGAGGACCUCUCGACGCUGCUGCACUCGCCGCGGCACCGCCGCCUGGGUCUCCGCAUCUGCAUCGCUCGCGUCAUGGUCGCCAGCAUCGACCUGUGCGGCCACCCGGACGACACGUCGCUCGAGCCGGCCGUGGUGGAGCUGAUGCGCAAGUUCGAGUCGCUGCGGCCCGCGGCGGCUGCUGCGUCGUCGUCGUCGGCGGCCGGUAGCGGCGGCGACGAGAAGCCGCCGCCGCCCCCCGCGGGGCCGGGCAAGGAGGAGGAGGCGGCGCUGGCGGCCUGGCGCAGGAUCACGGCCUUCUUCCUGCAGCCGGCGGCGCAGGAGCUGCGGGCGGGGCGGCAGCCGUGCGUCGACGCGCUCGAGAAGGUCCUGCUGGUAUUCGCGCGCCGGCCCGACGACGACAGGGACGCGCGCCUGGCCGGGCUCGUCUGCGUCGCCGGCCGGGCCAUCGAGCUGGGCGAGAAGAUCUUUUGCCACGCGGCCCGCUGGCGCUUCGAGUGGAAGCCGCCGCCCGAGGAGCUCGGGGAGAAGAAGAUGGCCGAGGAGGGCGGCCGCCGCAGCAUCGUCGUGUUCCCGGCCCUGCUGCGGUCGGACGAGGAGGGCACCAAGGAGCGCGGCGGGAUCAAGUACAUCAUCAUCAAGCGCAAGGCCGUCAGCGCGGGGUCGUUCUUCGACGUGCCUGUGCCCGUGCGCCAGAUGCAGGACAGCAGCAACAGCAGCUCCUCGGGGUCCGAUUCCGAGACGCCCGACGAGGCACCGGCAAGAGGGAGGCCGAGGAGGCCGAGGAGGAACUGA